AUGGACGACCGACAGCUCGCAGUCCUCAGGCGCAAGCUGGACGCGUUAGGCUAUUCAGAGCUUCUUGACCCUUCAAGCGCACCUCUGGUGCAAAAGCUCGUCGAAGACUUGGUGCACACGACCGACAGUUAUCGGCUCAUUAAGCAGCAAUGUUCAAAGCAGGCUCAGGAGAUGGCGGCUUUCGACACCCGGCUCGAGGCCGUUCGGCAGGAGUCCGUACGCCUGCAAUCGGAGAAUAGCCAGCUCCAUGUCCUCGUCAUGCAGCAUGCGGAGCGCCACGAGAAGCAGGCCAGGGAGCAUUACCAGGCCUGUAAACGGCUUGAGGAUACCAUUGCGGAGCUGUCGUACUGGAAGCACUGCGCCACGGAAAAGCUGCAGGCCGCGGAGCGGGAGAACAGCGGCCUCCGCAAACGAUGCGCGGAUCUCAUAAAACUUACAGACAAGCUGGCAACAGGUGCCGCGACUUCACAGUUGGUAUCACCCAAAAUCACCUCACCCGGCCCCAUACGCGCCACGCCGCCACCGUCUCCGCCGCACCCGCGUCAGGCCACCGUGGAUGUGCUCCAGGCAGCCAACAGCAGGAUCCUCUCAUUGCAACGACAGCUAGCGGACACGACUUCGGAGCUGGAGGCGCUCCGGCAGCGGGCCGCGGACGAUGAGGAUCAGAUUCGUCGGCGGGACGUGGAGAUUAGCCGGUUAGGCAGCUGUGUGGGUGCAGAUACCGAGAUGCUGGCCCUCCGAGCGCGCAACGACGCCAACGAGAGCAUGAUUCUGCAGCUGAAUGGCACGAUCGACUCUAUGGGAGCCCGCGUCCAGCAGCUGGAGGGGCUCGAAGCCAAAUGUAGCCAGCUGGAGGGGGCAUUGCGACAGGCGGAGGCGGCACGGGAGGAGGCCGAGGCGCGGCAUAGAAGGUCUGUUCAAGAACACGAGACGCUGUCCCGUGAGGUGGGGGCUUUGCGGCGAGAGUUGCUGGUUCUGCAGGACAGCAGCGACCGGGCGGCGGAGCUGCUGGCGGAGGGGGCUAUGGACGCAGAAGGCACGCCCGCAAGUGUGCUCGUGGUGCGGAAGCGCCUUGCAGACGCGAAGUCCGAGCAGGAGCGGUUGUCUGGACAGCUGGCAGCUGUGGAGGAGGAGCGGAUAGCCCUGGCCCAGCAGGUGACUUUGCUGCGCGCUGAGCUGGAGGAUUGCCAGUUUCUGUUGACGGAAACCCGGGCUCACGCGGGUCAGGCAGCAGCGCAGCAGGCGGACGAGGCGGACAGGCUGGCUGGAGAGCUGGCGGCCCGUAGCGCCGCGCUCAGAGAUGCUGAGGCGCGCCUCGCUCAGGUCUCAUUAUCCGAUUUGCUCGCACGGUUGUUCCGCGGCGCCAGGUGCGAGGAUCUGUGCUCCCGGCUGGAAGCUACGGAGCGGUCGGCGGCAGCGGAACGAUCGGCAGCGCUGUCCUCUCAGAGGGCCGUCUCGCGGCUGGAAUCGGAGCUGCGGGUGGCAAGGUCAGGGCUGUCGGCGUUGGAGCAGGAGGCCGCGGCACUGCGACAGAAGCUGCAGGACGUGUCUGUAGGCAGCGUCCGGGCAGCCAGCGCGCUAAGCAGCACGGAGGAUGAGGCCAGCCGGGCGCGGCAGCAGGCUGAGUCGCUAUCCCAGGAGCUGGCGGAGGAGCGGCGGGCGUGUGAGGAGCUGCGGGCCACAAGGGAUCAGCUGCAGCUGGAGCUGGAGCGCGUGGUUGCGCAAUCGGAUGUACUGCAGCAGAAGUGCACUAUGCUUCAAGAGCAGCUGUCCAGCGCCCGGCAGCAGCUGGCAGCUGCGGAGGCACGUGUCAGUGGCGCCGCGCGGGAUCUGUCAGGCAUGGGGCCGCUACAGCAGCGCUGCGAGGAGCUGUCGGAGCAGGCGCGGCGGGCGGUGGCGGAGGCCGCGGAGGCGGAGGCGGAGGCCGCCAAACUACGCGCGCAGGCGGAGGUGGCGGCCGAGGCAACGGCGCGGUCGGAGCGGGCGGUAUGGGAGGCGCGGCGGGAGGCUAAUGUGGCGCGGGAGGAGGAGGCGCGGAUGCGGGGUCAGCUGCGGGAGGCAGAAGCAGCCGUGGAGGCAGCGACCAAAGCGCUCAGGGUGGCUGAGGCUGCCCGCGACCGUGCUCUGGCAGAAUCUCGCCUCAACGCCAGCGAUUUGGCCUCCCUGCGUGACCAGCUGGCUGUGGAGGCAAGCUCCGCAGAGGAGGCCGGGUCUACUGUUCGACAGAUGGCGGCGCGGCUGACGGCUGCGGAACGCGAGGCGGCGGCCCGGCAGGAAGAGUGUGAACGCGCGGCGGCGGCAGUGUCACAGGCGGAGGCCGCAGCGGCGGCCGCGAGGGGACGCGAGGAGGAGGCCCGGGUGCAGGGCCGCGAGUGGGCGGAGCGGGCACGACGUGCGGAGGCGAUGGUGGCAGAGCUGGAGGCGGAUGUGGCGCAGCUGCGGUCGGGCCGCCAGACGGACUCCGCCGCGCUGCGCUCCCUGGAGGAGGCCCUGGCGGCUUCACGGCGGGAUAACGACUCGCUACGGUCCCAGGUGGACCAGCUCACCACGUUGGGACUGCGAGGGGACGCCACCGUGCAGGAGUUCAUGGCUAAUCUCAAGGCCAUGUCAGCGGAUCUGCGGGCGGCCGAAAUGCGCAAUGCCGACCUGGCGGGCGAGCUCGCCGCGCGGCAGGAUGAGUUGGCGGCCUGGCGGGGUGAGGCAGAGCAGCUGCGGGGACUGCUGCGCUCGCUGGACGGGGACAGGGACGCUCUACAGUCGGAGUUGGACUCCAAAGCGGAGCAGCUCGCGGUGCUGCAGCAGCAGCUGGAAGAGGCACAGCGGCAGGCAGAGGAGGCGGCCAGGUUGUUGGCGCUGGCCGAGGGGCGGCUGGCGCACACAGACGCGCGCACCCGCGAGGCAGAGGCGGAGCUGGAGUCGCUGCGGCAGCAGUUGGCUGCGGAGCAGGAAGCAGUGCGGAGCUUGGGCGGAGAGCGGCAGGCGCUCCGCGACGAGCUGCGGGCGGUGCAUGAGGACCUGGAGAUGUUGGUGCGGGAAAACCAGGUGGUGAGCGCGGAGCUGGCCAAUGUGGUAGGGCAGCGGGACACGGCUGUGAAGGAGUCCCAGCGGCAGAGCGCCCGCGCGGUUGGGGCAGAGCAGCUGCUGCGGGCCAAGGAGGCGGAGGCGGAGGACCUGCGCAGGGUGUACGAGGCUUUGGCGGGAGAGCACCGCAGGCAAAGCGGCUACAGCGCGCUCGAGCGGGAGGGCGCCAUGAGGGAGGCCGCGCUGCAGGCCAAGGCCUCUGAGGUGUCCAGCCUGGCUGAGGCGCAGCGGGCCGCCCAGGCUACCAUCAACCAGUACGUCAUGGACCAGCAGGCUUACGAGCGACAGAUAGACAACCUCAGUCGGCAGCUGUCUCAAGUGGAGGCGGAAGGAGAGGAGCUGGCGCGGCAGCGGGAAGCGAUACUGGAGGAGCUGCGUGCGGCGCAGCAGGUACGUCUUGGCGUUGAGCGGCACCGCGAGGAGCUGCAGCGGCAGGUGGCGGCUCUGGACAGCCAGGUGGCUAUCGGGAGGGCCCGACUGGAUGAUGCGGCAGCGGAGGCGGCCAACCUCAACCAGCGCCUUGUCAUGGAGCGGAACAGGCGAGGCAGGGCCGGGGCCCGGGGGCAUGCAGCGGGGCCCCCGCAGCUGGAGGGUCUGCUGGCGAGUAUGCGGGCCCGGGAAUUCCGAGUGGAGCUGGCCAGUGACCGCAGCGGAGGCCAGCUGGCGGUCCUGGGGGAGCGCAACAAGGCGCUUGAGCAGCAGGUGUCCUCUCUGCAACAUCAGGUGGGGGCUUUGCAGGCCAGCAGGGACGCUCAGGACCGCGAGCUGGCCCGCCUCAGGGCUGAGGCCCUGGCGCUAGCGGCUGCCGCCACUCCAGCGGAGGCCAGCGGCGUAGUGGCGGCCGGGAUCCUGAAUAAGGACCAGGCUGCCGUAUUCGCUCGCGUGUCUGCAGAGCGCGAUGCUGCGCUGCAGGAGGUGUCCCGGUUAAGGGCCGUGGGCGCCAGCAAGGUGGGUGGGGGCGCGGACGGAGAGGCGGCAUCGGAUGUGAGCUCCUUGGUGAUGGCGGCGGUGGCGGCGGCGUCUUCCACAGGUGCACCGGGAUCCUCCUCAGCGACGAGCGCCCUCCACCACCGGGUUUCGGAGCUGGAACGUAGAAACAGCGAUCUGCUGCAGGAACUGCGAACGCUCCAGGACACUUGCCGGCAGCAGGAGUCAUUGCUGGCGGCGGCGAACAACGAGGUCACCGCACUGCAGUCCGAGCACCGGCGUCUGGUGGAGCUAGUGGCUCGAUUGGACCAGGAGAAGGUGCAGCUGACUACGGAGGUGCGGAUGCGUGCAAGGCAGGGAGGGAUAGAGGGGGGAUUAUGUCGCCGCCAGGCGCGUAUCGAGCAGGAGGCCACGAACAACAUCUCGCGGGCGCAGGGACAACUCAAGGAGGAACAGGUCCGUCGGCGGCAGGCGGAGCGAGACUUUCUGGAGCUGCUCUCCAGCAUCGAGGGGGCGGAUGGGGAGGGUGCUGCGGCGGCGGUGGCGGCACAGCACGGGGAGAACGUGGCGGCAGUGGCCAGGAGGCGUUUGCAAGAGCUGCAGGCGCAGGUGGACGCUCUGGAGGGUGAGAAGGCAAGUCUGGAGGAAGCCACCGGCCGGGCGAGGGUUACCCUCGCUGCCAUGAGCGCUCAGAUGGCGGGGAUCCAGGCAGACUACGACAGCACCAACGCAGCGCUGUCCAGCAUCACGGCCCUGGCGGCGGCAGCCGCAGCGGGUACUGGGCGGUCAGAGGCCGGAGCAGCAGCAGCCACACCGCACCGCACACAGAUGUUGCAGGCGGGACAGCUGCAACGGAGCACGGCAGGCGGCGGGGCAGCAGCUUGGGGCCCGGGUGGUGGGUCGGGAAUGUCGGUAGGAGGCUUUGUGGCAGUGGGAAGCAUCGGGGGCGGGCCAAUAAGCUUGGGUGGCGUUGGGGUUGCGAGUGGGGGUGGUGCAGGGACGGGUGGCGGGGCUCUUCCGGCUCACGGGCAGAGGAGAUGA